AUGGGGGCAGUGGAUAAGGCGGACAUGAUAAAUAUCUUUGUGGAAUGCGCUCGGAAAACUACCAAGUGGUACAAGAAGAUAUUUUUCCAUUUGAUCGACACUGCUGCCCUCAAUGGCCACAUAGUUCAGCGCCAACUGACAGUUAAAGUAAUUACCUACCAAAAGUACAGAGAGAACCUCAUGAGAGAGCUGCUGGAGGAGCACCACACCCCUCGGCGUUCAUCCACUGGGGGUGGUCCUGCUGCAGACAAUCCUCUACACCUCACUGCACGGCAUUUUCCCUGCGAAGUCCCUCAAACUGCUGCUCAAGCUGCGUCCAGCUUCAGUUUCUGCCGUGCAUCCCUGGAGCAAACAGUGUCUGCAGAGGAGCUGAGCUACCAACUGCCUCGCCGUCCAGGGUCUAGUCUCGCCUGGCAUGAUGGGAGGGGACAGAUGAACACGUACACACGCACCGUCAAACUACUGCAGCAACCUGGCACAGAGGGCAUACAGCUGCAUCCAGGGGAAGCCUUCACUGUUUACCACACCAGCCCUACGCUGUCCAGCCUGUCCAAACCAGUGGUGCUUUGGACCCAACAGGACGUCUGCAAGUGGCUGAAGAAACACUGUCCACACAACUACCUAACCUAUGUAGAAGCCUUCUCCCACCACGCUAUCACAGGUCGUGCAUUGCUGAGGUUGAACGGGGAGAAGUUGGAGAGGAUGGGCAUCUUCCAGGAGACACUGAGACAGGAGGUUCUACAGCAGGUCCUUCAGCUACAAGUCAGAGAAGAGGUCCGCAACCUGCAACUGCUCAGCAGAGACAUCAAUAGCCAGCUACAGUCACUAUGUGCUAACCUGGAUACAGCUGCUAAUGACAGUCUGCUGGAGCCAGGAUAG